CUCUCUCAUCUCUCUCUCUCUCUCUCUCUCUCUCUCUAACUCUGUCAGCACUUUCUCUCUCUAAAUUUCUUUCAGAAACUGAACGUAUUUCCGGAAUUACAUCAGAAAGGAGAAACCUUUGGAAGAGGAGGAGGAAGAAGAAGAAGAAGAAAGUGAUGAAGAAGAUUUGUAUAAUAGCAAUUGGUCGAACAAAUAUUGCUUUUUUGUUGGCGGGUAUAUGUUUAUCCCCUCGUCUUCUUCGUGUUCAGUGAAGCAGUUAAAGAAGACGAGAGCUCAAUCGAGCAGAUCUUCGAUUCGCUCCCUCUCUCCGAAUUCGAUCCUCUAGCUCCAUUCUCGUGCUCUCUGGGUCGUGUUCAUUGGUGGGUGUUGCCUCUCGCUGGGGAAUUGGGUUGAAUUUGCUCAGGUGGGGUUGAUCGAAUUUACUCUGUUUCCGAUUUAGGGUUUAUGGAAUUCGGGGUCUAGAUGUGAAUUCGAGCUGCGGUUCUGAUUGGUCGACGAGAGAGGGCGGGAGGGAUGAUAAUCAAGAAGAAGCUUAAAUCACAAAUGCCGAGUCGGAAACGGCGCAGGCUCGGCGGAGGGAACUUGGUGAAUGGUGACUCAGUGACCAGGAAGAAGAAUAAACUGAGUAACGGCCAUUACUAUCCUCUGAACCUUCUCGGAGAGGUGGCCUCUGGUAUUCUCCCCGGGAUUCUCCGGGAGAAGGCAUUUGCUGCUUCGUGGUGCGCCGAGCUGUCCUGCUCUGCUUCCAAGCCGGAGCUGAAACCGAACGGCCGGGACUCUGCUGCUGGGCCAAGGGGCACUCAGGCUGCUGAGGAUUCAUCUCGGCCACCUCUGGUCAGGACCUCCAGAGGGCGAGUCCAGGUUUUGCCUUCUCGGUUCAAUGACUCCGUGAUUGAUAACUGGAGGAAGGAUGCGAAGAUCACUCCGCAGGAUUAUAGCUUAGAUGAAGAUUACGUAGUUGCAAGCAGUAGGAAGGAGAAAGCCAGUCAAAAGUCAGCCAGAACAAUUCGUAAUGGUACGAAUAGUCGGUUAAUUGACGAAGAUCUUGGUUUUGAGUACCCUAGAUGUAGCACAUUGUUCUUGGAAGAGGAUAGAGAAGAAUACAGGCGCAGGAACUUCGACUUGACGAAGUACUAUUCUAGCUCUAGGAGCUCGCUUACUUCGUCACACGAACAUUACAAUGAGGGCAUGUAUGAGUUUGCUGAGGAGCCAGACGAUGAUCUGAGGGAGGAGAAUGGUAGUGAGAGGGAAGAUGGGUUGUAUGGGCCCGAGGAUUUCUAUUCUGGGGAUAUUGUGUGGGCAAAGUCGGGGAAAAGUGAGCCCUUUUGGCCCUCGAUUGUGAUUGAUCCCAUGACACAAGCUCCUGACCUUGUUCUGAGGGCUUGUAUAGCUGAUGCAGCGUGUGUUAUGUUCUUCGGGUAUUCUGGCAGCGAGGACCAAAGGGACUUUGCAUGGGUCAGACGAGGAAUGCUAUUCCCCUUUCUCGAUAAUGUCGACAGGUUUCAAAAUCAGCCUGAAUUGGAGGACUGCAAGCCUGGGGAUUUCCAGAUAGCAUUGGAUGAGGCAUUUCUAGCAGAAAAUGGGUUCACAGAGAAGUUGACUGAGGAUAUAAAUUUAGCUGCUGGUAACACGAUGGCGUACGACUUUGAUUAUAGAGGAAUUGAGGAGGCCACUGGGUCAAAUCAAGAUCAGGAGUUUCUUAACUUGGAUAUAUCUGGGUUGAGGAAAGGCUCACAGCACUGCGAGGGCUGUGGGGUGAUUAUACCUACCAGAGUAACAAAAAACACCAAGGGUUUAACAUCUGGAGAGCAAUCUCUGUGCAAGACAUGUGCCAGGUUAAUGAAAUCAAAGCAUCAUUGUGGCAUAUGCAAGAAGAUAUGGAAUCAUUCAGACAGCGGAAGUUGGGUUCGAUGCGAUGGCUGCAAAGUAUGGGUCCAUGCGGAAUGUGACAAGAUAUCCAAAAACCAUUUUAAGCACCUGGGAAGCGCUGACUACUACUGCCCCGCGUGUAGAGUGAAGUUUAAUUUUGAAUUGUCUGAUUCAGAAAAAUCGCAGUCUAAAUUCCGAAAGAACAAAAAUGGGGUUCAGUUGGUGAUGCCUAACAAGGUUACAGUUGUCUGUGCUGGUGUCGAGGGGAUAUAUUUUCCGAGCCUGCAUUUGGUUGUUUGCAAAUGUGGGUGUUGUGGGAGCGAGAAACAAGCACUCAGUGACUGGGAAAGACAUACAGGUUCCAAGUCAAGGAAUUGGAGAACCAGCAUUAGGGUAAAAGGAUCAAUGUUAGUGCUGGAGCAAUGGAUGCUGCAAUUGGCUGAGAAUCAUGAAAAAGGUCUGGUUUCUACUAAGCCUAAACGGCCCUCUGUGAAAGAACGGAAGCAGAAGCUAUUGGCUUUUCUACAAGAAAAAUAUGAACCUGUCUAUGCUAAAUGGACAACAGAACGGUGUGCUGUUUGUAGAUGGGUUGAAGAUUGGGACUACAACAAGAUAAUAAUAUGCAACAGAUGUCAAAUAGCAGUUCAUCAAGAAUGUUAUGGAGCAAGAAAUGUUCGUGAUUUCACAUCAUGGGUCUGCAAAGCUUGCGAAACUCCUGAUAUCAAGAGGGAGUGCUGCCUUUGUCCUGUAAAAGGCGGUGCAUUGAAGCCAACUGAUGUGGAAACACUAUGGGUCCAUGUAACAUGCGCAUGGUUUCGACCCGAAGUUGCUUUUGCAAGUGAUGAAAAAAUGGAGCCUGCUAUUGGGAUCUUAAGCAUCCCAUCAAGUUCUUUUAUAAAGAUAUGCGUUAUUUGCAAGCAAAUUCACGGCUCUUGUACCCAAUGCUGCAAAUGUUCAACAUACUACCAUGCAAUGUGCGCUUCAAGGGCAGGUUACCGCAUGGAGUUGCAUUCUUUGGAGAAAAAUGGGAAACAGAUCACAAAGAUGGUCUCCUAUUGUGCUUAUCAUAGAGCACCAAACCCCGAUACAGUUCUCAUCAUACAGACUCCAGCAGGUGUUUUUUCUGCCAAAAGCAUGAUGCAGACUAAAAAGAAGGCAGCUUCCAGGCUAAUUUCAUCUAACACAGCAAAACUCGAAGAGGUUCCAGCAGCAGAAACCGAUGAAUUAGACCCCUUAUCUGCUGCAAGGUGUCGCGUUUUCACAAGAUCAAAAAAUAACAAGAAGAGAACUGACGAAGGAGCUAUUCCUCAUCAUGUAAAAGGACCUUGCCAUCACCCAUUGAGCGUCAUGAACUCUUUGAAUAAUCUUCAGGAUGUGGAGGAGCCGAAAACAUUUUCUUCAUUCAGAGAACGCCUUCGUCAUUUGCAGAGAACGGAACAUGAUCGGGCUUGUUUCGGGCGGUCAGGUAUACAUGGUUGGGGCCUCUUUGCACGGAGGAACAUUCAGGAAGGAGAAAUGGUUAUUGAGUACCGGGGAGAACAGGUGAGGCGAAGUAUUGCAGAUCUGAGGGAGGCCCAAUACCGUUCACAAGGCAAAGAUUGUUAUUUGUUUAAGAUUAGCGAAGAAGUGGUUGUAGAUGCCACAGACAAAGGAAACAUUGCUCGCCUCAUUAACCAUUCGUGUGUGCCCAAUUGCUAUGCACGGAUCAUGAGCGUGGGUGACGAUGAGAGCCGAAUCGUCCUCAUUGCCAAGACUAACGUAGCUGCUGGUGACGAGCUAACGUAUGACUAUUUGUUCGACCCUGACGAGUUCAAGGUCCCAUGUUUAUGUAAAGCUCCGAACUGCCGAAAAUUCAUGAAUUAGGUUUCCUCUUCUUACUGUUUAGAUGACACAGACAAAAACUUCAUACCUUUCUCCGCAAGGAGGCUCGCUAACUCGCUCCGAUCGCCCCACCGCCGCCGCUGCCACCACUACCAUAGGAAAAAUCUCUUACUGCUGCAUUCUGUAAUUUUUGUGAGGAAAGGGAAAAUAGUUUCUUCUCUCUUUCUUUCUUUUUUCACCCCCUUUUUAUUUUCUUGGCAAUUUUUUUUUCGGCUCAAUAAAAGCUGUAAUUCUGUUCUUUGGGAUUGGGUUGUAAAUUCGUUGAAUGGUUAUUUCUCACUCCUUAAUCAAAAUGCUUAUCUCACCGUCGUCUUCAUCUUC